AUGAACACCUUUGGAGACGACAUGAGCAAGGGCUGGAUCCCAGAUCCCACCCUGCUGCCAACCCCGGACGGGGACCUGGCCGCUUUUGCGAAUGAGUACCUGAACAUGUCCUGCAGUUGCAACAGCAUGACAGGCCCCUGCGCCCAACACCGCGAGGAGAUGCGCGUCCAGUUCAUGAGUUUCAUGUCCUCGCCCCAGAACCAGCAGCCCAUCCACCACCCCAAGAAAAAUUCCUUCGCCGGCAUGGAGGAUGUCCUCCUGGAGAACCUGAUGCAGCCCCCACUGCCCAGUCCUCCGCUGUUCCCAGAGAUGCAGACACCAGUAGACCCUUCGAGACAAUCCAAUGGCCCCUCGGCUUUCCGAAGAGGUACCGUGGGUUCACAAGGCUCCGGCUCCUCCGCCAGCCCCGGAGAUGCCGCCAGCUCGGCCGCCUCCGCCACCAAUACCUCCCGGUUCAAGGCCAUCCUCACUUUUGUCAGGGCAGCUGGGUUUCCUGACUUCGACUCCAUGGUCACCAGUUACUACACCUCCACCUUCCAGAAGAACAGUGUCGCCGAGCUGGCCCAGCGCAGCUCGCGUGGCCGCAAGCUAGCCGGUGUGCUCGACAGUCUCCACAAGUCAUCCUCCAAGUGGACCGUCUGGGAGAGCCGCGGCUACCGCGAGAAGACUGUCGAGUCCGCUCAGGGGUUUUAUACACAGGAGCUCGAGCAGGUCAUCCGGAAAGCCCGCAGGCGCCAGCACCAGCAGCAACAGAACGGCAUCCAGGGAAGCCAGGAUGUCAUGAUGUAUGACGGCGAGAUGAACUCGGAGGCAUCCUCAGGGUCUGCCGUUGCGCCUGGAAGCAUUGCCUCGGUUGGCGCCGUCCCCGAGGAGAUGCAAUGCGUGUUUCAGGAUAACGUAAGUCAUCAAGUGUUCUUAGGGGCUCAGUUGCCAAACCUCUGGGCCCUGCUCACGGAACUUGCUGGGACCAACAACAUGCAUUGUGACCGGGUGGCGCUGGCGUCACUGUUGCUGCUUUACAACGCCCGGCAAAAUCCAGACGUGGACGUGGACGACCUCCUUCCUGACUGGCGUCACACAGACGGGCUGGUUGACACUACCUAGGUAUUUGAGCGUUUCACAGCAAGCAGAAGCAAUCUUCAUGCUUGCUGGCCGUGGCCAUCAAAGGAUGCGGUUUGGUUUGUCAACCCAAACACAGCUUAGAGCUGCAUCUUGUGGGUAGUUUAUACUUGAAGCGUUCUUCCUAUCGCAUGUACUUCAAAAUUUAGAUGGUCCAGAAUGAAUGUGCUAGGAAUUUCUUUCUGGUGGCUCAUGUUUUGUCUUCAAUGGCGCUACGGUGUUGGUGUACCACCGAAUGGGUCCAGGUUCUG